UCCGCGAGUAAGGAUGCUGUAGAAGCACGUGUUAUUUCAUAACAUAAAUAAAUAUCUAUGGAAUUUCGGUGCAAAUAUAUUUAUGGUAACGAAAUUAAGAUUUGAAUUAAAUAAUUAAGCUUACAAAUGAAUAAAAAUGAAAAUUAGAAAGAUUGCUUGCGCAGUUUCUGGAGGUUUGGACAGUGGUGUGGCCGCUCAUUUGCUCAAGAAGAAAGUGCAGGUUAUGAAGUAAUUGGUGUUUUCAUGAGAAAUUGGGAUGUCAUUGACGAGACGGGUCAAUGUUUAGCAGAUAAAGACAGUGAAGAUGCUCGAUACGUUUGCAGAGUUGUCGGCAUACCUUUUCGAGAGGUGAAUUUUGUUAAACAAUAUUGGAAUGGAGUAUUCAGUGAAAUGAUUGAUGAGUAUAAAAAAGGCAUAACACCAAAUCCAGAUGUUUUAUGCAAUAAAAGAAUUAAAUUUGGUAUUUUUUGGAAGUAUAUGAUUAAUCAACUUAAAGUGGAUGCUAUUGCAACAGGUCAUUAUGCACAGACUAGUUUUGGAGAAGAUCUUGAAAAUUAUGAUCCUCAUAAAGGUGCAAGAUUAUUACGGGCGGUCGAUGACUUUCGAGAUCAAACAUUAUUUUUAUCACAGAUACCUCAAGAAGCACUUCAGAAGUCUCUCUUUCCAGUUGGUGGAUUAAUGAGGAAAGAUGUUCAAAAAAUUGCUUCUGAAAUUUCACUAACGAAGAUACUAAAAAAGAAAAAGAGCACCGGCAUCUGUUUCAUUGGAAAAAGAAAUUUCCAGAAAUUUAUUAAUGAUUACAUAGAACCAUCAGUUGGAAACUUUAUUGAUAUUGAAACAGGUUCCAUUGUUGGACAGCAUACAGGUAUUCAUCAAUGGACAUUAGGCCAAAGAUGUUUGUUGCCUGGUUGUAAAGUUGCAUAUUUUGUUGCAGAAAAGAAUCCAUUAUCACAAGAUAUUUUAGUGGCACCUGGUGGUGAUCAUCCUAGCUUAUAUUGUGAUACUAUUAUUGUUGAGAAUCCAUAUUGGAUUAACAGAGUACCAGAAGAUUUACUAAGAACUAAGAAAUUAAAAUGUAAAAUAAGAACUCAACAAGGAUACAGAUAUCCUCUUGAGAAAUGUCAAGUGGAUGUAAUUGAAGAUGAUAAAUUAUUCAUUAAAUUUGAAAAUCCCCAGAGAGCUCUUACACCUGGACAGGUAUAUCUAAAAUACCAAAUAUUUGGUUACAUUAGAUGUUUGUACAACUGGUGAGAUAUUAUAAUAAGAUGAAAACAUAAAAUAUUUCAAAAUGGUUUUACUUUAAGACAAAAAAUUUCAAAAAUAUUAAUUUAAAAAUAGUA